GGGGGGCGGCGCUCUCGCAAGGUGGAGGGAGGCUGCGCCAAGGACGGGCACGAUGGUGCCCAGGCUGAGUCACCAGGCCCUAUGUGGGCCCCUGGCACAUGCCCAACUUCACCCAUCAGUGCCAGCAGAGCCGGAUGAGGCUCAGAGCCAAGCGGAGAUGCCGGGGGUCCCCGGGGUCCUGGGAGUGGUAAGCGGGCGGUGGCGCCCGAGGGAGCCUGGGCAGCAGGCACCCAGGGGGCCCAGGAGGGUGCUGCGGGCAGAGAAGAGUUAAUGGCUUGGGCUGUGCCAGGGCUGAGCUCCCUUCAGGAAGUGUUACUCACCGGGAAUGUGACGGCGCCUUCGCUCGGGGCCUCAUUCUGGCUCUCGGGGGAGGGAAGUGGCGCCAGCCAUGGAGCUCUCCAGCCUCCAGGCCCCCGCUGGGGCCAGCGCUGCCUCCAGCCUGACCCGAGACCCCGUCUACGACGUCCCCGAGGCGGGGGGAGAGCAGGCUGGCCAGCUCCAGGGUCCGGGGCUCACGGUCAGCCUGCGGGAGCGGCUGCUGCUCACCCAGCCCGUGUGGCUUCAGCUCCGUGCCAACGCUGCGGCUGCCCUGCACGUGCUCCAGAGGGAGCCCCCCGGGACGUUCCUGGUACGCAAGUCCAACACCCGGCAGUGCAAGGCCCUGUGCGUCCGGCUCCCAGAGGCCUCCGGGGCCUCCUUCGUCUCCAGCCAUGACAUUCGGGAGACCCCUGAGGCCGUCUCCCUGGAGGGUUCUGAGCUCUCCUUCCCGGACCUGAUCCAGCUCAUCUCCAGCUACUGUCACCGCCGGGACGUCCUGCUGCUCCCUCUCCAGCUGCCCAGAGCCAUCCGCAGAGCCGGCAGCCGCAAGGAGCUGGAGGCCAUCUCGCACCUGGGCAUGGAGUUCUGGAGCUCCUCCCUGAACAGCCAGGCCCGUUGGGCCUCCGCGGAGGCGCCUGCGCUCCCCCGCCUGAAGCCGCGGGCCCCCGAGGAGCUGGACCAGGGCAGCGGGGGCGCCCUGUGCUUCUUCAACCCCCUCUUUCCCGGGGAUCUGGGCCCCGCCAAGCGGGAGAAAUUCAAGAGAAGCUUCAAGGUCCGGGUGUCCACUGAGACCUCCGGCCCACUGUCCCCCCCGGCUGUGCCCCCGCCCCCUGUGCCGCUGCCCCCUGGGGGUCCCCCCGGCCCCCCCCAAGCCAGGCCCCCUCCCAGGCCACUGAGGAGGGAGAGCUCUGGGGGGUACCGGGUGCCCGGGGGGGCCGGCCCGGGCCCAGGCCCGCCUCCUCUCCCCUCUCUGCCCUCCCUCCGGGACGUGGACAGCGGCUCCCCCAGCAGCUCCGAGGAGGAGGGGGGGGCCCGGCCCGGGAGCCCCGCCUCGUCCCCCCCCCGCCGGGGCCGGCGCCGGCGGGUGCUCCGAUCCGUGAGCGACGCCUUCUGCUCCCUGCUGGCCCCCGAGAGGCAGGUGGCCCGGGCCGUGGCGGAGAUGGCCCGAGACCGGCGGACGGCCCCCGGGCGGCUGGUGCAGGACCUGCUGACCCGGGUGCGGGCCGGCCCGGAGCCCCAGGAGCUGCCGACGGUGCGGGAGGGGCUGAGCCGGGCCCGGGCCGUGCUGGUGGCCGAGCUGGCCCGAGACAAGCUCUUACCCGCGGAGCAGCUGGAGGCCGCCGUCGAGAAGAGUCUGCAGCGCUGCGUGCUGAAGCCGCUCCGGCCGCUGCUGCUGGCCCGCCUGCGGCUCCGGCUGGCCCGGGACGGCUCGUGGGGGCGGCUGGCCGAGGGCCUGCGGCGGGCCAGGGCGGGGGGCCCGGAGGUCUGGGGGGGCCGCCUGCCCCCCCCCGCCGAGCUGGAGCGCGUCCGGCAGAAGCUGCUGAAGCUCCUCCGCGGCUACUCGCCCACCGCCAAGGCCACCCGCCUCCUGCAGGCCUGCAAGCUGCUGGCCGAGGCCCUGCGGAGCUGGGCAGGGGACGCCGCGGGGGCCGACGAGUUCCUGCCCCUGCUGAGCGCCGUCCUGGCCCAGUGCGACCUCCCGGACCUGCUGCCCGAGACCGAGUACUUGGCCGAACUGCUGGACCCCAGCCUGCUCACGGGGGAGGCCGGCUACUGUCUGACCAGCCUGGCCGCCGGCCUGGCCCUGCUGGGGGACCUGAGCCAGGCCGGGCCGCCCCCCCGCAGUCCGUCGCAGGAGCUCCGGCGAGCCCUCAGCCUCUGGGAACAGCGACGGCUCCCCCCGACCCGGGGCUGCCAGCACCUCCUCCGGGUGGCUUUCCAGGACCCCGUCCACGGCUGCACCUCCAAGACGCUGGCGCUGCCCCCCGGCUCCUCGGCCGCCUCCCUGGCCCGGCUCUGUGCCGCCAAGUUCCGGGUGGCGAAGCCCGAAGCCUUCGGCCUCUUCCUGCACGGCGAGGACGGCUCCCGCCUCCUGGCGCCCGACGCCCGGCCCCUCGGCCUCGGCCCCGGCUACCUGCUCUACGGGCCGCUGGGGGGAGCCCCCGAGGCCGAGCUGGGAGGCGGCGCUGAGGGGCCCCUCCCGUCCCAGCCCCCCUCGGCGCCCCCAGAGACCCAAUAAAAACGUUUGCAAGCUC